AUGUCUUUGCAACCCAUUGAAGAACUCCCUCCAAAGCUUCAAGAGAUCAUCAAGCUUUUUCAAUCUGUUCAAGAACCAAAAGCUAAGUAUGAGCAGUUACGUUUUUAUGGCAAGAAUUUGAAACCACUUGAUCGUGAGUGUAAAACUAGGAAGAAUAAAGUUGAAGAAGGAUGUGUUUGUCAAGUUUGGGUUAGGGCUUAUUUGGAUAUGGGGAAGAAUGUUUUGUUUGAAGCUGAUUCUGAUUCUGAUUCUGUUUUAACUAAGGGUCUUGCUGCUUUGCUUGUUCAAGGGCUUAUUCUGAUUCUGUUUUCAAACAACGGUCAAAACCAGAAUCAAAAUCCAAUUGGGUCAUUUGGUGAUUAUGUCAUUGGACCUGGCUUGGAUUUGUUAUUGCAGCACCUGGCAGAGAAUGAUCCUAAUAGAUAUGGAACCCCGCCCGUUCGGAAGGAAGUCAUUGAGGCAUUGCCUACUGUGACCAUCAAGGAGCCUUGGCAGUGUUCAGUGUGCUUGGAUGAUUUUGAGAUUGAAACUGAGGCAAGGGAAAUGCCAUUUUGCAGGCAUCAUUUGCCUGUUGACGAUUCAAAGGUUGAUUCUGAGAGAUCUAGAAAUAGCGACGAUCGGAGGGAGAGUGAGAAGACUAAUAGUGAAGGUAAUAUUAGUCAUGAAAUUAGAGUUGAAGAGAGAGACGGUGAAGGAAGAAGUGGAAAUGGGAGAAGGUUUUCCUUUCCAUGGCCUUUCAAUAACUUGUUUUCAUCUUCAUCAGGUUCUCAAGCUGGUGGAAGCCAUCCAUCCUCAACAGUGUCAUCUGCCUAA